CAACUAGUGACCGUGGAUCCGGUUUUCAGACUGAGAAUGCUCAGCUAUAAGAAUGAUCGGAGGCCCCUGCUUCGAAAAAAUGGUUCCCCAAGCAAGAUCUAUCAAUCGGUUCAAUCCACGUUUUAGUUCCUGCCUAUACCAAGUACAAGAUGCAGGCACCAAACCACGGGAGCCAAACAGAGGCUUCCCGGACCCUUUCGAUAGGAUCCGGACGAGGUCAAACCUAUCCUCUUGACUUACCACUCGACCAAGUCACCACCAAUGCCAACCUUGAAGAAUACACCCGGGAAACCGCCGAAGGAGAGAUUAUCAAGCCAAUUCGCUCCUCCGCCACGGGCAAAAUGGAGGACUGGAAGCUGGUCACAUUCAAGAUCGACGACCCUGAGAACCCGAAGAACUGGUCUAAGGCCUUCAAAUGGUACUGUACCAUGGUGGUGUCCUUCACAUGCUUCGUCGUUGCUUUUGCCAGUAGCGUUAUCACAGCGGGCCUUGAAGGCCCGAUAGAAUCCUUUGGGGUCAGCCGCGAAGUCAGUCUUGUUGUUGUGACCGUCUUUGUCAUUGGCUUCGGAGUUGGUCCGAUGGCAUUCGCACCCAUGUCCGAAAUGUUUGGCCGUCGGCCUGUCUACGCCGUUACUCUUCUGAUCGCUGUGAUAUUCGUCAUUCCCUGCGCCGUGUCAAAGAACAUCGGAACCCUCAUCGUUUGCCGUGCAAUUGAUGGAAUUGCGUUUAGUGCCCCUAUGACCCUCGUCGGCGGGACUCUAGCAGACUUGUGGAGAAACGAAGAGCGAGGUGUUCCUAUGGCUGCUUUCUCCGCUAGUCCCUUCCUCGGACCCGCCAUUGGACCCCUCGCUGGUGGUUACCUGUUCGAUGCGUCUGGAUGGAGAUGGCUCUACUGGCUGCAACUAAUCCUGGCGUUCGUGGCCUGGGUCCUGAUCACAUUCACGGUCCCAGAAACCUACGCGCCUUCCAUCCUGAAGAAGCGAGCCAAGAAGCUCAGAAAGACGGAGAAUGAUCCCAAAUUCGUGACAGAGACCGAGAUUGAUCCUCUGCCUAUUGGCCAAAAGCUGCGGGUUGUUCUCCUGCGACCGUUUCAGCUCUUGUUCUUGGAACCCAUCGUCCUUUUCAUCAGUAUCUACAUGUCCGUCCUCUACGGUCUGCUGUACAUGUUCUUCGUCGCCUAUCCCAUCGUCUACCAGUCCGGCAAGGAAUGGAGUGCCGGAUCCACAGGCCUCAUGUUCAUCCCUCUCGCCAUCGGCGUCCUCAUGAGUGCCGCCUGCGCUCCCUUCGUUAACAAACACUAUCUAUCCGUGUCAGCCCAAUACGACGGCAAACCACCCCCGGAAAAGCGCUUGAUCCCCAUGAUGUUCUCGUGCUGGCUCAUCCCCGUCGGCCUGUUCAUCUUCGCCUGGACAUCGUACCCGCGCAUCCACUGGAUCGGGCCUGCGAUCGGAGGCUGGCCUGUCGGGUUCGGGUUCAUUUUCCUGUACAACUCCGCGAACAACUACUUAGUGGAUACGUAUCAACACCAAGCUGCCUCUGCGCUCGCAGCCAAGACCUUCCUUCGUUCCAUGUGGGGUGCGUCCACGGUGCUCUUUACCGAGCAGAUGUACGAGAGACUGGGAUACCAGUGGGCUAGCUCCUUGCUUGCGUUUAUUGCGCUGGCUUGCUGUGCGAUCCCUUAUGUGUUUUACUUCAAGGGAGAGUCGAUCCGUCGGUACUCUCGGUUCGCGUUUAGUGAUGAUGAAGAGAAGGGUGGGAAAGCUUGAAGCUAAUCAAAUUGAGGUUGAUGAGUGUUUAGCUUCGUCAUAUUUGCUAUGUCAUUGUUGAUGUUUGGAUGCUUUUGCAUUGCAUUUUGAGCCUGGGCGUUAAUUGAGCUUAUGAGCAUACGUGAACAGGACAGAUGUCGAUACAGUUUAUAGAAUAUAGAUUUAUAGAUAAAAUUAAUACAUGUUAG